UUGAUGUUUGUUUUUACCGAAUGGUAGAUAUGUCAGUCAGAUAGACCAUGUCUUAAUUAAUAAUAGGUUCAGAAAUUGUGUACAAGAUGUCAAAACAGUCAGAGGAGCUGACUGUGAAUCAGACCACUACCUAGUUAAAGGAAAGCCGAAGGUAAAACUCAAGAAACUGUUAGAAAAGUAACAUUAGUGGACAGUUAUGAAUAAGUUACAGGAUACCAAUAUAUGUGGGAGCUUCAAGCAACAAUUAUAUGAAACAAUGAACAGUUUAAUUAUAAAUCAAGAAGAGACAAUUGAUACUAAAUGGAAAGUGUUUAAAGGUGUAAUAAAAACGGUCACAGACAUAGUAAUAGGCAAACAAAAGAGAACAAGGAAACCGUGGUUCAACAACUACAAGGAAGUAUUUAAUAGAAGUAAAGAAGUCAGGACUCAGUUACUCGACGACCCUACUAAUAGAGAGAAAAUGAUGGCAUACAAAGAUUGCCAAAAAGAAGCAAAUAAAAUAUUUAGAUAUGAAAAACGGAAGUAUACAAAAGAAGUAUUAGAGGAAGCCGAGUCUAAUCAUAGAGUAUAUAGAACUAGACAAUUAUACCAGAAGAUAAAUUCAAUUAGAGGUGGUACAAAAAACAUGAGAAGUUCCUUAAAAAUGACGAUGGUUCCCUAG